UCAAGAGGAGUUACAAGAAAUUUCAUAUUUUUCCAAAGCUCUGACUCAGAGGUUACGUUAGAUCCUAUCAAAAGACAUUGUGCAGUUUUACUAACCUUUUUGUGAAAGAAGAUUUUCUUACCGGUAAGGGAAAAAUUGCACGAGUUACAUAAAUGUUACAAGCAAAUCGCACGGGCAUUUCAAGAAAAUGAUUUGAACACGAGUAAACGUUUUGAACAAUCUUCGAACCCCGAUUUAUUCAUAGGUGAUAUUUUGGUCAGAAUAGAUAUGAAAUUACAGCGUUCACUUUGCAUACGGACGUGUUCUGCAUUGCAACCGGAAAUAGUACGUAUUAAAUAAAUUGCACCAAUUUUCGAUUCUACACUCGAAAAUAUUUGCAUUACAAUUUCAUAAGCUGGUAACAAUUUUUCUACAGUCAAUCGUUCCAUCCGACUUUCCACGCAAGCGCCAAUAGUCUUUGUCUGUUAGUAUUUUUCGCAGCAGUUCAAACAGAGUUCUACCGUACGUCCAAAGGUAUGAAAAAAGUAAUAUCAGUUGAUAUGAGUGAAAAAAUCAGAAAUUCUACGAAUUAUCGCAACGUCCAUUACGAAUCGGACGCCGAAUACACGAUACAUGUUGCCAAGACAUUGUUGAAACUGAUCGGAAUUUGGCCUAGAAGGGAUACGUUUCUAGAUAACGUUAAAAUGUAUAUCCAAACAACGAUAGCUUUUUCCCUUAUGUGUUUUUUAUUAAUACCACACUUGAUUUAUACUUAUUUCGAUUGCGAAAAUCUGACCAAGUACAUGAAAGUAAUCGCCGCGCAGAUUUUCAGCCUUUUGGCGGUCAUCAAAUUUUGGACGGUAAUUUUUAAUAGAAAUGAAAUUAGAUUUUGCUUAGACCAAAUCGAAAUACAAUACAGGGACGUGAAAUGCGAAGAGGAUCGGCUGGUAAUGAUGAAUUGUGCAAAAAUUGGUCGAUUUUUUACAAUGGUGUAUUUGAGCCUUACUUACACCGGUGCUUUGCCCUAUCAUAUUAUUUUACCUCUAAUAUCAGAGAGAAUUGUAAAAGCUGAUAAUACCACUCAAAUACCUUUGCCUUACUUGAGCGACUAUAUUUUCUUCACUGUCGAAAAUUCACCGAUCUACGAGAUCACGUUUGUCUUGCAAAUAUUCAUCAGUAGCAUUAUACUGUCUACGAAUUGUGGGAUUUAUAGCUUUAUUGCCUCUAUAACGAUGCACUGUUGCGGCCUGUUCGAAGUUACCAGUAGAAGAAUCGAGACACUUCAUAAAUGGAACAAAUGCGAUUUACAUGAUCGCGUUGUGGAUAUCGUUCAGUACCAUUUGAAAGCGAUUAGAUACUCUGCAUUGAUUGGAAAAUCACUCAGCAUCGUAUUUUUAUCGGAGAUGGUUGGCUGUACCAUUAUAAUAUGCUUCCUAGAAUUCGGUGUGAUUUUGGAAUUGGAAGAUCAUAAAACGUUGAGCACACUAACAUAUUUCGUAUUGAUGACAUCGACUUUCGUAAAUGUGUUUAUAAUAUCGUUCAUCGGUGAUCGUCUGAAACACGAGAGCCAGAGAAUAGGGGAAACAUCGUACUUUCUACCAUGGUACGAUUUUCCGGUGGACGUAGCGAAGAAUAUAAACAUAAUCAUGCUCAGAACCAGUCUACCAUCGUGUUUGUCUGGAUCGAACAUACUAGAACUCUCGCUUCAAGCAUUUUGUGACGUUUGUAAAACUUCAGCAGCUUAUUUCAAUUUUCUACGAGCAAUGACGGUAUGAACAUACUUAACAAGGUGUUCGAAGAUAAAUGUGAUUAAGAGUAACUAGUAACACAUUGCACAUGAAGAUGCUUUGAGAAAGAUAAUAAAUAUUCUUUUUUUAUUUAUCAGACUCUUCCAUUCAAUACAGUAGACUCAUUAUUCAAUAAAGCAUAAGAACGACCAAUACAAAGAACGGAGUAUUCUUACCAUAAUCAGAAGAUUGACAAAGUCAUGUCGAAUUGACGCCGCGGUCUACCACUUA